GACGCAGUUCAAGACACGCCCCAUGUAUAUAAGGAAGAGAGCACUGCAAAUUUCAAUUAAUGCGCUACAGAGCGCACAUCUCAACAGAAGGAGCCUCUUUGCAUUCAGAAGGAGCACGCUUAGGGCACAAUGAGGAGUCUGCUUUGCUUUGUUGUGUUUUGCGCCGCAACUGCACUGUCGCAAGGCGAAAAAACAAAAACCGAGGAAGUUGAAGAGCUUCUCAACGCAAGCGACCAACUGGAUUUUGGUGGUGCUUCGGACCUAGUGCUUUUUUUGGGAUCGACGGGUGUUGGAAAAAGCACCUUAUCAAAAUUCAUUACGCACAAUCCCAGUCUGCAGUCCGUUAAAAUUGGGAGCAGCUACGUUUUUACAGACAACGGCACCAUCAGUACCAUCACAAGCAAGUCGAUGACUCUUCUGCCGAAUAUAUACAAGGACCCUGAAACUAAACAGUUGAUCGUUGACUGUCCCGGCUUCAGCGACACCAGGGAAGAGAAAUACGAAAUUGCCGCUUCGUUUUUCGUCAAAAAAGUGCUGGAGUACGGGAAAAAGCUCAAAAUUAUCCUUGUUGAAAAUCACUUUAGUUUAACUGAAGGCGCCGACCGGUUUGGGUUCAAGCGAUUAUUGAAACACGUUUCUGAGCUUAUUCCGAAUGUUGAGCGCCUUAGGGGCUCUCUCGCUCUCAUCGCAACAAAGGUGAUAAACCAAGGUAUUCCUGAUGACGAGGAAAAAACCGAUAUAUUAAGCUUCAUGAGCAAUUUUGCCAACGAUUUGAGAAACGACUUGACUGUCCAAAAGCAAAACGAAACACUCUUCAAAACCACUGAGGGGAUUUUGAAGGCAUUAGAGACCUUGUAUGGCGAUGGCUCUGGCAAUAACGUGGCUCUUUUUAGAAAACCUAACCGGGCAGGAGAUCCGUGGCAGUCAUCAAUUCUUUUGAAAUGCUACCAAGACAUCAGGGCGCUGAUUUUCCACACAACGCCAUGGAUUGACAAUCAAAAUCAGGUAUACCGGUAUACCCUUACAACAGACAGCGUUGUUUUCAUUAGAGAUCACCUCGUGCCCAAUAACAACAGAAAUGCAAUGACUGAGAUAAACAAAAUCCUUUAUAUUUUUCAAGCAGGAAUUGAGACAAAGAUCAGCCCGCCCGGUCAUACAGUUUCGCAAAAGAUAGAAAUCCUUGGUGGCUUCAAGAAACAAUUUGGAAACGUUCUUGACACUCGCCUAGUAAAUGUAAAAGAUGUAACUUUACUCGGGGACAAUUUGUCAAAAAUAUCACCAAUUCCAGGCAUUGACCCCAAAAUUUUAGAGCGCCUCGUUUUCAAGGCUAAAUUUUUCAGUGAUGUUGGUGGCGUAGAUAUUAAGCAAUUUAUCAGUGAAGUGAGGCAAGAGGUUGCUAAAACUGACAAGAGGCUGGGUGACAUACUGCAUUUUUACCAAUUUCUACAAACCCUCGAAAUCAAACUUGAAAACUACCUUCCACAAUUUGUGCGCCAUUCCUCUUUCAGACAGAUUACAAAAGCCGACUUCAAAACCUUUAUUUUCGAUGCGUCAAAAUUCAACAUCGAAUUUGAUAACAAAAACAAAAUUUUGGGAAUCACCUUGGCAGACUAUAUGAUCACAGACCUGAACAAGGUUCUCGCAACCAGCCUUAACUACCAGGUCAACUACCAUCACAACCAGCAAACGGGGGAGCUGCUCGUAGAGGCGCGCAACCUACUCAUCAGCGAAAUAAACGGCAAGCUGCCCGCCUACGCCGGCCUUAACUCCAUCACUCUUGUAGCGGCUAAAAAAAUUUUCGUGGACCAAAAAUUGACCGUGGUUAACUCGCACCUGAACGUCAUCGCGCCCUCAAUUGAGAUACUGGACAACCCCAAGGAAAUCCUGAUGCAAGGUUCCAACGCGGGGCCAUACCCUGGUAAAGCAGCCGACUCGCAAACUCUCACCGUGCCAGGUAACGAGGGCCACGCAGGCUACCCCGGCAACAACGCGGGCAACAUUCUGCUCUUAGCAAACGACGUCAUUAGACCAGACCUGCUGACCCUUCGAAGUGCCGGCGGCAGCGGAGGGCGCGGCCAAAACGCAGGCAACGGAAGGGACGGGGUAGCAAGCACCUACCCUUCCAUCGGGGCGGUCAUCAUGGGCAGCGCUGGCGAGGUCGACCAGCACGUGCGCAACCACGGUUUCGAGGUGCACCGUGCAGGCGACUACAUGGUGGCAAGCAGCAAGAAAGAAAACGUACUGCCAUCCAAUGGCGGAAACGGAGGGGCCGGCGGUCCAGGGGGCCGGCCAGGACACAUUGUGGUCAAGGUGAAGAAUCACGCCAGUGGAAACCUCGUGAAAACAGCGCAGGUCGUUGGGCCCCAGGGCGAGGGCGGGGACGGCGGGGUCGGAGGCACGGGGAUGGCACAGUGCGCGAGGAAGCACUACAGUUGCGUCAGUCACGAAAUCAGAGGCAAGUGUGGAAAGUGGUAUAGGAGGAAAUCGUGCACCAAGGGAUGGGAGUACAGGUGCUUUCCUCAAAAUUUGGAUAUGUGCGAUAAGUACCCCAACGGCAGCGCUGGAAACAAAGGCACGAGCGUGGAAGGAACACAGCCUAACUACCCUUUGAAGCCUAUCGCAUAUGGUCAAAUUUGGCACUACCUGAACGAACGCAUAGGACCGUUUCAACAAAUUGGGAAUGAGUAUAACGAACUAUACCAAUAUGCCCAAAAUGCGGUAGACAAAAGUUGAUUUAAAACAUUUUUAUUGUUUAAGUAAAUCAAAGAGACAUUAAGUAUAAAACAUGACUCGAUAUUUAUUAAUUUAUGCAAUUAUUACAUUAUUAGUCUUUUAAACAACUAUGUGAGAUAAUUAUUCUCUGCUCUCAUGACGUUUCAAAUUAAAGUUAGACGAAAUUCGAGCGUAGAAAACAGUCAGGGAUACAUGGAUUGUAAAACUAAAAGCUCAGGGUAGGCGCCGCUAGCAUGUAUGUACCUCACAAACUAGAGCAUUUUUUAAAAAUAAAAAUGAAGGAAAAUUAUCUGAAGUUUAAA